AUGGUUCUUAAACCCAAAUCUAAACUGAAGUCCGGAUCAAAAAAAUCUUGGGCAUGGUCACUUGGGAUUUCUAAACUGGAUUCUUUACAGAGAGCUUUGAAAAAAUUGACCCCGUUACAAAGGAAAUCAAUUUCAAUCCUAACAGGAUUCACGCUUUUAGUUUAUUUCCUAAGCAGUCUUUUCCAAUUAAGGUCAGGAUCAGGAAAAGUUUAUCCAGUUGAACAUGGUUAUUACCAAAAUGAAAUUCCUGCAUCUCGACAAUUCAUUUUCCCCUAUAUUGAGCAUGGAAGCGUUCUAAGAGAAAUUGGAAUUAAAGGUUUAUUUACCUUAAGAACAGAAUUAAAUGGUGAAUCUAAAUUUGUUUUAAACACUCAGGAUAAACCAUUAAGUGACGAUGAGAAGAAGAAAACCACUGAUCAAAUUCUAUUAGUUAAGAGAUCAUUUUUAGAUCAUGGUAAAUUGGUUUAUCGUAAGGAGAGUAACCAUCCAGAAAUUGUCAUUGUUACACUAAUUGAUUUUGAAAACUACCCCGUGGACACCAUCGUAGACAUCGUUCAAAAUAGAGUCGACUAUGCUCAAAGGCACAAUUAUGGUGUUUACGUUCGUUGGAUCCAAGAGUUUAUCCCCUUGUUAAAGAGUCAAAAUCCACAUGCAAGUUACGAAUAUAUUAAGCCCCUAAUAAUGAGAGCCGCAAUGCAUGCAUUUCCUCAGGCCAAAUAUUUAAUGUUUGUUGAUCAGGAUGCAGUUAUCAUGAAAACAAAUUUACCCUUACAACAACAUAUUCUAAACCCUAAAAUUUUAGAAUUGGGUUUAUUGAAAGACAAACCAGUGGUACCAAAUUCCAACAUCAAAACCUAUAAGCAUUUCCAAACUGCUGGCACUAAGAUAAUCGUGCCACAGGGUCCUGAUGGGGUUUUCGAUCUCUCAACUUUCCUAGUUUCCACAGACUUGUACGGUAAGGCAUUUUUGGAAUAUCUAAUAGAUCCACUAUUUAUGGAUUACGAUUGGCCAAGUUUCGAAAGCAGUUUGGGCCAUUUGCUACAAUGGCAUCCACAAUUGUUGAAGAGAACAGCUGUUGUCUCGAAUAAGAUUAUAGCUGCUACUUAUGAUCCAGUAAAGGGCUUCGCAGCACCGGGUCCAGAUGCUAAACCCGUAAUGCACUACACAGAAGGCGAUUUAGUGAUAUCUUUGAAGGGCUGUAAACAAAGAGGGUCCUGUGCAUCUGACAUCAAUACUUUUUACGCUCAGACGAGGAAGUAA